GGUGCCAGUUGCUAGACUGGGUUGUGUGUUCGGGGAUUCCCAGCAGGGGUUUCCUUCAUUUCCGUUGCCAACGCCCGCGUGAGAACGUUCGCACGCGGCGUGUUCUGCACGCGUCGCGGUGUUUGUUAGUCGUCCACCGAGCCGUGGUGACUGUCGGAUGCUCUAGAUGUCUUGGAGAGCGGAGCUUCUAAGUGGGUUCAAUUGCACGUGAUUAGGAGUAUGUACGAGGAAAUGGAGGGUAAUUUUUGACGGCUGGAUGGUAGAACACGUGCCUUGAGGGAGAUAAGCUGGGUCUGGGAAGGAAGGUAGAAAGGAGAUGAUGCAAAGUUGGUCUCGAAGAUGGAGCUUUGUUAAGACGGUGAGUGGAGGUAGUGAAUAGUCGCUGUGCCAAAAGAAGAGAAAUUUAUUUCGAAAGGUGAAGAAUCAAAAACCAGGAACCUAGCUAUUUAAAAGCUGUCUCGAAGAGGGACUUGAUGGCAGUCGAACCGCAGUGCAGUCGCGAGUCUGGGCGUCGCAGCGGCUGAUUCCCCGGGAGGAGGAAGCUGAAUCAGAGGUUUCCGUGGCUGGUGUAACAGACGAGCAUGAGUGGUCGUGGCUCGUGGACGCGUGCUUCGACGCGUGUGUCAACUCGAUAGCGGCGUCGUCCGCGGACGUCGCCUUCUGACGUCAUUGGUUCCGGCGGGAAAACCGUGGUCAAACGGAAACAAGCGCCGACAACAACAUGGACAAGCACGAUUUUGUGGUCAACCUCCAUUACCUGCCCAUCGUUCUGUUCGUCUCGUUGCCCGCUGUUUUUCUCCUCACUUACGUAAUAGCGGUGCUGCUGGGCCACGUGGAGGCCGAGUUUCCCUACAUAUCGGACGCGGCCACCUAUGCACCGGAGAGCUGCAUUUUCGCCCAGUUUAUCAACAUGAUCGCGAUGCUCAUGUCGUUCGUGGUGUAUAUAAGGUACUCCCUGGUGAAAGAAUGUUCGAGUACCUUCAGCUUGCAAUCGUCGCUACCGAAGUGGAAUCGUUGGGCACUAAUUUUUGGCCUCGUGUCGACCUUUGGCCUAUCCGUUGUCGCUAAUUUUCAAGAGACCUCUGUCAUCGUCGUGCACUUCAUCGGCGCGCUUCUUUGUUUCGGUGGUGGCACUGCAUAUUUCUGGACGCAGGCCGUGUGUUCAUUCUACUUGCACCCACUCGGGUGUUCCUUGAGACUCGCUCACCUUCGAACAGCGUUGUCCAUCUUCUGCACCAUUUGCUUCUUCGUCACCCUCAUCACGGGCGUGCUGUCGCGCUUGGCCUAUAAGGGAACGAAUCCCCGGAAGUGGUACAAGGGAGACGGUGGCUGGGAAUUGCACGUGGCCAGCACAGUAACGGAAUGGAUCUGCGCGGCGGCAUUCUGCGUCUACAUUUUGACGUUCACUGACGAGUUCAGGGACAUCAGGAUUAGCCAUCCGAGGGUUGUCUGCAACCCCAACCGCGCGAGAGUGGACAACGAGGCAUUGAACGAGAGCCAGGACUCCCCGAUGGGCCAGGAUCGCGAGUCCCCGACGAUCACCUGAUCGCUCAUUGGCAGAGGCGCCGGUGGUUACGUCAACCUCC